UUUCACUUUCUUUCCUAACCAUCAUUUAUUUCCUUCUGCGCGAGUUUACAGGCGAGAGGCAUCGGUGUCCCCCUCUCUCUCCACCUCCUUCCCAGCCAUGUGACUGAGCACUCCCUGCAGCCAGUGAAACUUUUCAGUCCGCAGCAGAGCUGGGUUUGCUCUGCACCGGCUCCGGGAGAAGCAGCGCCUCUCACAGCCGUGCUGGCCAUGGGGAGGAGCGCACGGCAGCUCAUCUCGCUGACCCUCGCCUGUGCAUUUUCCUCCUGCUUUGCUGAAGUGGCCCUGGGGGUUGAACUGUCUCCAGAAACCACAUCCUUCCACCAAAUGGCUACUUCUGCUCAGUCGCUUUCCUUUUAUCAUUCUUCGCCCCAUCAAAGCACCACAGUUCAUCUUGCCAGCACAGACCCUCUUCAAACAACACCCACGAGCCACAGAACGAUUGAGCAGACAAGGGAGCAGCUGCAGGCAGCAUCAGCUGCAGGCCAGCCCAUGGCAGGAGCAGCAGCACCAUCCCCAGCCCCUGCAGGCAGCCCCAGCACGGCCGGCCAGGCUGCGGCCCCCGCCAUGCCCUCACUUACAGCUGCAGCCAAGAACACAACCUCUGCCCCUGUGUCCUCCACCAGGCAUGGCACGGGACCACUUGUGAGCACAGGAACUGCAGCAGUGGCCACCAACACCUCCCUGAAGCAGGAGACAGCAAGCACCCAGGGGACAGCUGCCAGCACAGCCACCAGCACGCCGAGGGCCGGGCCCAGCACACGGUCACGGAGACAAACAACAGCCACGGGUGAUCCAACAGCCACGGCCGUGACCAACACAACAGGCACCCAUGCAGGGACACAGACAGCCCCCACGUCCCCUGCCAGCACAGUAAGACCCUCUCCCACCCCAGAGCCCUCUGCCAUCCCCACAGGCACCUACACCAUUUCUGAUGGGAACGGGACCUGCGUCAAAGCCGUCAUGGGCCUGCAGCUGAUGGGCCGAAAUACACAGCAGGAGCAGAUGGAAUAUGUGACUGUCAACCCCAAUAUGACAAAGAUAUCUGGAAGCUGUGGGAUGGUGCAGUCUGAGCUGAACUUAACUUUUAGUGGAGGAUUUGUAAACAUCACCUUUGUAAAGCAAGCUCCAAGUUACUCUGUCACUAAAAUUGAGAGCAGAAUACAGUUAUCUUCUGAAGGUAUGCUUUACUAUGCAGCCCUAAAUGAGAAGCUGUUCACAACAAAGCUGGGGAAUUCCUUUAAGUGUGCCAGCAGGCAAACCUUCCCCUUGGAGAACAAUUUCCAGAUCCUCUUUGUUCAUAUGCAGCUGCAGGCCUUUGACAUUGUGGGUGACCAGUUUGGAAAAGAAGAAGAAUGUUUUCUUGAUCGAAACGGCAAAGUAGCUCCCAUUGCAGUGUGCCUGAGUAUCCUGGGAUUGUUUGUCAUUGUGUUUGCCACCUUCCUGAUCUCCAGGAGGAAGCCACAGAGAGGAUAUGAACGCAUCUGAGGUGCCCUUGUGCUUCCAAGUGUGUGCAGCAAGCAGAGAAGUCACAGGAGUUUUGUUUCUGCCUGAAAAUCUCCCUGCCCUGAAGCCACAUUUUUAAGUGAGAUGACACCAUGUGUUUACAGCUAAUGAAUGUUUCUGGAAGGAGUUCUUUUAAGGUGGGAAGGAGAGAACUCACACCUUCUGCCUUAGGCUAUUCUUAGCAUCUAAUUUAGAUGUAGUCCAAAAUGAGGAGCCUAAAUUCUCUCUGUUGUUAACAAAGGAGGUCAUUCAGAUCACCUAAGCCAGAUUCCUAAAAAUAGCUUAAAGCAAGCAGUAUCACUAUCCCCCGGAAAAUCCAUCAGAUUUGUUAAUGAUGGUUAGAUUUAUCAAAAGAUGUAAGUCUGACCUUCAGGUGAAUAAACCAGAAGGUUUAGAAUAAACCAGCUACAGACAACCCUGCUGAGCGAGAGCUCACUGAAAGCUUUUCUCAGAACACAGUGAGUGCCAAAAUCUCAGGGGAAUUGUCAGUGUGACUCCACUCACAAGCAAGUUCUCCAGUCCUACACACAGUUACACUUCCUAAACUCCUGGGGUUCUCCCACUAAGCCCUUUGCAAAGACAGAGUGGUAAUUGUGACUCUUACCCUGGAGCUGAAUAUGUUCCUGGUCUUGUGAGAGCUCAGGAAUCCCCCAUGUGCUGUUCAGACAUGGGCCUGUCACAGUGACCACACUGAGCCCAGGAAAUGUCCUCUGCUGGGGCAACAGGGUGGUCCCUUAAUCCAGGAAGAUGCCACUCACUGGAAAUGCCUGGGAUUAAGUGGCCACCACUGGAGCACCUGCAUGAGGUCCAUGAGAAAUGGAAAUCCACUGAUGCUGUAUGGUCAGGGUUUCAGUGGGAAAUAAAAGCUUGCACAGGUCUUGGACAAAUCUGCCCAAAAGUGAGUAUUUUCCAGUGUGCUCACAGAUGAGCAGCUGGAUUUUCAUAUGGAAAUAAUCUGGAGUUGCUUUGAAGCACACUGAUACACUCUGUAGUCUAUUUCCUGCUGAACCAAUGAUGAAGGCAUGAGAAUAGUAAUUGCUUUUGAGAUUUAAGUCCAGCUCAUGUUCUUUGUUGUAAGAAGGAAAAGUUCCUUGUCACAAAAGAUUUACAUGUGCAGAAAUGCACAUACACACACAUACACAUGUGCACAUGCCACACAAUCUGCUCACUGGAACAAAUUACAUCAAGAUGAUAAGAAAUUAUGUAUAAAAGCAUUUGCAAAAGAGAAAAUAAUAUUCAAUAAGAGCACACUUCCUCCAAGGAGUUAGGCUAAUGGCUUAAAUUUUACUAAUAAAAGUUUGGCCUGGAAAAGGACUGUGGAAUGGCACUCAUUAAACAAAAGAAAGAUGAAGUCAUAGGCAAAAAUGCCUUGACAGUUUAAUCUGUAUCUAAACAAAAAAGAAAUGCUGGGAGUUAAUUUAAUUUCUAUGAAUAAUGGCCCAAAUUCUCUGCAGUUUUUAAUGGUGAUGAAACCUCACUGGAUUUUCACUGGAUAAAAUUGAUGGUUAUGUCAUAUCAGAUAUUCCCUUAAGUAUUUUAAAAAUAGUUUUGAUAUUUUACUAGUAUUUCACCAUUGCAGUUUACUUAUUUAAAUGAAGAAAGAAAAGAAAUUCUUCCAUUCUAUGAAUUAAUUAGAGAUGUUGGUCUGUGUGAAGCAGGAAACAUGGCCAUAAUGCUCUAUAAUCAGUAUAAUAUGUAGCUGGAAGUAAUUACCAUUCUCUAGAAAUGUUCCCUUUGAGUCUGAAUGAACCAAUAAAUAAGAAAGAUAAAGACAAUUUUGAAGCUCUUUUACGCUUGGAGAAACAUCAGAACCAGCUGUGAGCACAGGAACAGCUGAAUACAUUUAUAAGGUAAAACAGCACAAGAAAUAGGACACCAAACUUUCAAGACUUGAAUACAGACACCAUGAUUUGGACUGUAUUCAGUUGAAUACUCAAAUUAAAAUGAUUAAAAUGUAAGUAUUUCAAUUAUUCUUUUGCAAAAGGGCUCCAGCAUUGUUCAUAAUGCUUAAUGAGCUUUAUUGAGCUCAUUUUUCCUUCCUCCUUCUCCCCUUAGCAGACAAGCAGCAACUGGACUCAGACCUUGGGCCUAAUAAGAUCCCUCUAAUUCUCAGGGUUACUUAAUACUAUGAAUCUGUUGCUUAGAAAGCAGAUUUUUAUACUCAAAGCAUUCACCUUUUUUAAAAAAAUGAGAUGUCUGUGAGGAAAGGUAAAUGGAUGAAGAGCUUCCAUUUGAAAAUGAGCCUGUGCCUGCAGUGGGGAUGUCACUGUCCCCGUCUGCUACAUGUGGCCAUUUUAACAAAAGCUGCCUAGAAAGCUCAGCACAUGGUCUGGCCCUCAGCUGUUCUGCACAGGGAUCAGAUAUCUUUCCCUUGUCAAAGCUGAGUCCCAUUUCACCUGUUCUUUGGAUUGCUGGACUGUGUGAUCUAUGUUACUUCUAAUGACAUGGAUAUAGCAUUUGCUUGUUCUGUUCCGAAAAUUUGCUUUAUGUUAAUAGUCAGUAUUUAAUAAAAGUCUGAUAUCAGCAUGAGGACAGAAAAGAGUUACUAAUGACUGCUAAUUCUGUGGUUAAUAUUGUGACACCUGCCAUUUUUACUAGUGAUGCACAAAUAAUAUUUUCCCCCAUAGUUUUUUUUUUCUUUCUUCAGUGAAUCAAUGUGUUGGUAUUGAACAAUGUUUGGAUUCAGAUUUAUCUUAUUUGUUCUUAUGCUUUUUCUUGCUAUGUUUUGAAGCUGCAUUCUGCCAUUUGUACAUGAAUGAUACUCUGGGCUUGCUCUAAGUGGCACCGGUGAAGUGCACGUGGUGCAAACCAAUGAAACGAUUGGAUGCUCCCAGGAAAUGCUGCCAACAUGCAGCAAAAUUAAUCCAAUGGAGUUAGUGCUUUACAGCAGUAACUAUCCAUUGGAGAAAUCCUUACUGCAUCAGGAGAUCCCAGCCUUGAAGUGCUGCCUUUCUCUCAGCUGUGGCCCAGCCUGCAUCCCAUCACGUCCAUCCCUGAUCCCAAAACCCAACCAGCGUGCAGCAGGGAUGUGUCAGCAUAGCAGGGAGUGUUGCCUCUCCAGAUUUAAUGCUGAAUUAGAAUCAGACAGCCCAGCUGCUCCCUGAGCUGCUAUGUGCAGCUCUAAAAGCUGAUGCCCAUGUUUGUUUUCUGCCAGAAUAUAGGAAUAUAUUUAGCUGGCACUUUUUUACCUAAUGGAGUGGCUUUGAGGUGUCCCUCCUACUGGGAAGACUCUAUAGGGGUAAUUCCUCUUGGUUUGCCAGACUUGCUCUUUUAAACAUCUUGUCUGGGGAAGUAUCUUGAGCAAAAAGUCCCUAAAAGAACACCAUACAAGAGGAGGACAUUUGGUAAACUGCUUACACACUAGCUGGGCCAUAAUGGCCCUGCUGUGGGGCAGCAGGGUAGUUUUGGCUGUGGGAGGAGACAAAGCUGCAGCUGGGUGCCAGAGUGACUCAGCAGCCCCAGCCCACUUCUUCCUCAGCUACAGGCUCAGACCAACCCAGCCCUGAACCAGAAGGUGCUGAUCAGGGUGAUGGGGUGCACUGAUGAUGUGGUGCAUUGAUGAUACAUCCACCAGGGAAGCAAAGCUUAACUUGUGUGCAAGUGUGUGCUGCUCAGGAGGCCAUGGGGCCAUCCCAGGACUGAGGUGAGCACAUCCCCACAUCCUGAUGGCUCCCAUGCUCUGCUGCAGCUCCCAUGCCAGACCAUCCCCUGUGGUCUCUGCGCACCCAAGACAAAAUGAGGGUCUUGGGUGUGCAGAGAAUCUCAGAAACACAAUGAUGUCACACAUAGAUAAGUCACUGAGGAGUUUAAAAAGCAGGGUUUAAUUUCUUUCAGUUCUUUCAGUUCUCUGAUGGACAAGCACAAAUUAAGAAACAGCUGUUAAUUCAGUUGAAAGAGGAAGGGAGAUUAGAUUGGCAUCUUGAGUAUCUGAACAUGGCUUGGCUGAUCACUGUUAGCUUGCUAUAAUGUAUGGCUGCUAAAAAUAACUUGCUGUGAGAAGUAAGAUAUGCUCUUUAUUUUUCUAUUAUUGGUCUUUCUGUAAUAAAGGCUGUAUUUAAUCAUUA